UGCCUCUGGGAUCGGGCUCUGUGCUGUGCGUGCUGUGUGUGCUUGUGACAUUACAGGGCUAUAGUCUAUACACCACAGACAUCUGGAUUAUCUUUGUACUGUGUGUGCGUGUGUGUGUGUAGCUGUGUGUGUGUUUACGCAUUUCUGCAGUGCUAUUUCCUAACUGGCAGGGGAGGUUGAGCUGAGCUGAUCUGAGCAGAGCGUGGCUCAGGGGGCUCAGGGGGCUACCUGGAGAGGAGCAGCAGCAGAAGCAGAAGCCGCUUGGCAGGCAGUCUGGAGGCUGGCCACAGGGACAUGGGCUACGAGAAGAAGAGUUGCCACUUUGUCUGCAAGGACUGGGAGAAACAACAGCAGCAGCAGCAGCCAACACAACAACAACAACAGUCUCAGCAGUUACAGCAGCAACUGCAGCAGCAGCCACACAGCUGUGAGAUUCGGCAGAAUGGACAGGACUUCCACCAGCAUGGUUCCGGAAUGUCUACACAUGCGGGUCAGAAUCAGCAGCAGCAGCAGCAGCAGCAGCAGCAGAACAGCAAUAAGAAGAAGCACCAGGAAAACCUCAGUAAUAACAUUUCCAGCUACCAGGACUCCGACUCGACGCUUCAGAGGACGGGAGAGAACGGCAGCAGUGCGGAUGAUGAGGAGGGUCACCUGGUCUACCAGAAUGGAGACGUGCUCGUAGGAAGAUAUGAAAUCAGGGGUACAUUAGGAGAAGGGGCCUUCGGCAAGGUGGUGGAGUGCAUUGAUCAUUCAAACAAUGACCAAGCACAUGUGGCAAUGAAGAUUGUCAAAAACAUAGACGUGUAUCGCGACGUUGCGCUAUCUGAGGUAAACAUACUGAAGAAGAUGAAUUCUGUCGACAUCGACAAUCAAUUAUCCUGUGUACGGAUGCUGGACUGGUUCAACUAUGACGGCCACAUCUGCAUCGUGUUUGAGCUGCUGGGGUUAAGCACAUACGACCUGCUGCAGAAGAAUCACUUCAAGCCCUUCUCUGUCGACAGCAUACGCCACAUGGCCUACCAGAUCAUCAAAUCUGUCAGGUUUUUACACAGGAACAAGUUGACUCAUACGGACCUGAAGCCAGAGAACAUCCUCUUUGUGGAUUCAGACUACGCCUCUCUGUACUUUUCAAAAAAGAAAACAGCAGAGCAGACACCGGCGUUUCCAGAGGUCAGGCUAGUCGACUUUGGCAACGCCACGUUUGACCACGAGUACCACGCCUCCAUCGUCUCCACCCGGCAUUACCGCGCCCCAGAAGUCAUCCUAGAGCUAGGAUGGAACCACGCGUGUGACGUCUGGAGUCUGGGCUGUAUUCUUCUGGAGUACUACCUCGGCCUGACCAUUUUCCAGACGCACAGUAACAGAGAGCACUUAGCUAUGAUGGAGCGAGUGCUCGGCCCCAUCCCCACACACCUCUUCCAGAAAACCAGGCAAAAGUGUUACGUGACCAACCGUUUCCGGCUGGACUGGGAUGCCCGGGGCACUUCGGGAAAAUACGUACGGAAGCACUGCAAGCCACUCAGGGACUACAUGUUGUCGCGAGGGGCCGAGCAUCAGCAGCUGUUCGACCUGAUCGAGAGGAUGCUGGAGUACGACGUGUCCCAGCGCAUCACCCUGAACGAGGCCAUGGGACACCCCUUCUUCAAGAGCCUGAAGAAGGGCAAGAGGGAGUGGGUCAUCGGCACCGGCGCCAUGUGGGAAAAUAAGAACGGGUGAAUUAAAGGUGCACUGUGUAAUAUUUGAAUAAGAACGGGUGAUGGAGAUUAUAGGGAUGAACGGGGAGAGUAGCUAUGUGAAAAUACUGUAGGGUGAUUUAAAGCAAGAGGGGGAGGGGGAUCUGCAGCGCCACCACGUGGGAAAAUAUGAACAGGUGAAUUAAAGUUUGUAAAAAAAACAAAAACAAAAAAAAACAGGUGGAUUACAGGGAGAUGGUGAGGGAUAAAUGGGAGAGUAAAGAGUGGGUGAUUUUGGGACCCGCCGUGUCUGUAACGGCUGGGCACUGGACUGCUAUGCGGGCUACCCGGGUUUGAUUCCCAGCCCGGGUAAUUUCCUGAUCCCUCCCCAUCUCUCUCUCCCCCCUAGCCAUUUCCUGUCUGUUCUCCACUGUCCUGCCAAAUAAUAAAGGCACAAAAGAUAAAGAAAAGAAGAAAGAAAAAAAAUUGGGUGGUUUGGUACAGAGUGAUGUAAAAAGUAAUGGGUAGCCUACUUUGAUACUGAGCGAUGGUCAUAAUGAUGAUGAUGAUGAUGAUGAUGAUGAUGAUGAUGAUGAUGAUGAUGAUGAUGAUGAUGAAACAGUACUUGACAGUAGAUAUAUCCUCUUAAAAUGUACACAAUAUUUCGACUUUUUGAAAUACAAAAUGUCCAAAUAUUUUAUUUUAUUUUAUUUGAAACAAAUAUCAGCAUUUCUAUUCUUUCUCAACCAUAUCUAGUUAGUUUCUAGUUUAGGUGCUGUUUCUACGUAGCAGGAUAUUUUUUUAGCAGAGUAUUUUUUUCUCCUGUUGAGGUGUAAACGCAACAUGUGGAUAAAAAUAAAUCCUCCAUUGUAACAAAUGCGUUUCAGCCCCCUAAACAGGAUAUUUUUUUCUCCUGCUUUUUAUACCUGGAUUUUAAAUAUCUGCUAUUUGGAAACGGAAGGCCAAAACCAAUGCAAAACCAAUGCAAUCAGGAGAAAAAAAUAUCCUCAUAUAAAAAUAUCCAGCUACGUGGAAACAGCACCUAAUGUAGGUCCUUAUUGUAGAUAUUGUAGAUCACUUUGUUGGUCAUUAUUUAUGCUAUCUGUGGGUUUAUGAGGGAUUUACUGAGAGUUGUUUUGUUAUAUUUUAAUUUAAUAAAGUUGCGUUGUCUGUGCCACAUGUAAGUGCAGUGACACAUUCAGCAAUAAAAUAACUGAAAGGAAAGGAAAGGUCCGCGUUUGAUGCUCCCAAAAUGUAAUGGCACGAAUGACUUUUUACAUUCAGCAAUAAAACAUUGGUAGCAAAUGUUUUAAAUGUUUAAAUGUUUUCAGUGUGUACACAGAACAGGGCACAUGCUGAAACGCAUUUGUGCAAUAAUAAAAAGAAAAGAAAACGCUUUAUGCA